CGCACAACCGAGCCGAGGGUGGGGUCACGAACUCUGACCCCCACCCCCAAACACGCAAACCCAGAAAGCUCCCCUGUACCCUAGACCUCGGCUCCCCCUCGCCUUCAGCUCUCUCCAGCCCAGCGGCCGCCGCGGAGAUAUUUUGACAGUUAGGUCAUGGCGACCAUAGAAGAAAUUGCACAUCAAAUUAUUGAACAACAGAUGGGUGAGAUUGUUACAGAUCAGACUGGACAGAAAAUCCAGCUCGUGACAGCACUUGACCAUGGCACACAGGGCAAGCAGUUCAUCCUGGCAAGUCAUGAGGGCUCCACCCCAGGGAGAGUUUUCCUCACAGCUCCAGACGCAGCGGGUGUCAACCAGGUGUUUUUUACAACUCCUGAUCUGUCUGCAUCACACCUCCAGCUCUUAACAGAAAAUUCUCCUGACCAGGGACCAAAUAAAGUUUUUGAUCUUUGUGUAGUAUGUGGAGACAAAGCAUCAGGACGUCAUUAUGGAGCAAUAACUUGUGAAGGCUGCAAAGGUUUUUUUAAAAGAAGCAUCCGAAAAAAUCUAGUAUAUUCGUGUCGAGGAUCAAAAGACUGUAUUAUUAAUAAACACCACCGAAACCGCUGUCAGUACUGCAGGUUACAGAGAUGCAUUGCGUUUGGAAUGAAACAAGACUCUGUUCAGUGUGAAAGAAAACCCAUUGAAAUAUCCCGAGAAAAAUCUUCCAGCUGUGCAGCUUCAACAGAAAAAAUCUACAUCCGCAAAGACCUCCGAAGCCCGCUGGCUGCGACACCGACCUUUGUCACAGACAGCGAGACCGCCAGGUCAUCUGGACUGCUGGAUUCAGGAAUGUUCGUGAAUAUUCAUCAGUCUGGAAUAAAAACAGAAUCAGCUAUGCUAAUGACACCAGAUAAGGCUGAAGCGCGUCAGGGAGACCUAAGCACACUGGCCAGCGUCGUCACAUCGUUAGCAAACCUCGGCAAAGCUAAAGACCUUUCUCACAGCAGGAGUGAGAUGCCCGUAGUGGAGAGCUUACGCAACGGUGCUACGUCAUUCUGUGCAUUUCAUCAAGACACUCAGACUAAUAGUGAUGUUUCAAGGGCCUUUGACACUCUUGCGAAAGCUCUGACCCCUGGGGGAAGCACAGCCUGUCAGAGCUCUGUAGAGGCCAUGGAUGGGAGCAUGCAUCUAAUCACCGGCGAGGCGAGCUGCAUGGAGAGAGAAGGGCCGCUUCUCAGCGAUUCACAUGUAGUCUUCAGGCUCACCAUGCCUUCUCCUGUGCCCGAGUACCUGAAUGUGCACUACAUUGGGGAGUCGGCCUCCAGACUGCUGUUCUUAUCGAUGCAUUGGGCACUUUCCAUCCCUUCUUUCCAGGCACUAGGGCAAGAAAACAGCAUAUCAUUGGUCAAAGCGUACUGGAAUGAGCUCUUCACCCUUGGUCUUGCCCAGUGCUGGCAAGUGAUGAAUGUAGCAACCAUAUUAGCAACGUUUGUCAAUUGUCUUCACAGUAGCCUCCAGCAAGAUAAAAUGUCAUCGGAGAGGAGAAAGUCGCUGAUGGAGCACAUUUUCAAGUUGCAGGAGUUUUGUAACAGCAUGGUUAAGCUCUGCAUCGAUGGAUAUGAGUACGCCUACCUGAAGGCGAUAGUACUCUUCAGUCCAGAUCACCCAGGCCUGGAGAACAUGGAGCUGAUUGAGAAAUUUCAGGAAAAGGCUUAUGUGGAAUUCCAGGAUUAUAUUACCAGGACAUAUCCAGAUGACACCUACAGGCUGUCUAGAUUACUUCUCAGACUGCCGGCCUUGAGACUGAUGAGCGCCACCAUCACUGAAGAAUUGUUUUUCAAAGGACUCAUCGGAAACGUACGAAUCGACAGCGUCAUCCCACACAUUUUAAAAAUGGAGCCUGCAGAUUACAACUCUCAAAUAAUUGGUCACAGCCUUUGAAAGCUGGGGUCACAUUGCUAUGAACCAAGUUUACUGUUCCUUCUUGGGACACAAGAAACCAAAUUGAACUGUUGCUUCCAGGGCCUCUGCAAAUAGUAAACUGCAAAGAGUAACCAAAACGGAAAGUAUUUUUUUCUUUUGGAUUCCUUUAGAAGGAAUUUGAGUGGCCAGUCAGGGGUCAGGAAUUAGACCGUCUGUCCUAUGGGAAUAAAUAAGAAACGGUGAGGGUCUACUCUUGGUGAAGAUGACGCCUGAGAUGGUCUCCUCCUGGCCAUCUACACUAAGCUUUCUCCUUCUGUUUUAUAAAACAAAUAAACUAGUCUUUUUCCCCGCUGAAUUGUGUUCUCUUCCUGUUUAAUUCCCAUUGAGCCAGCAUACCAUCAUGAUGAGAUUCCUAAGAAGGAGCCCCUUGCAUCUUAUUCCUCCAUAACGUAAUCACUUUAGUUACCAGGUCCAAAGAUUAGUUUAUGCUCAAUUAGAUAAUGAUAAUAUUAGAACUAUGGGAACUAAGAAAUGAAUAUAUAUUUUUGGCUUUUAUAAAUAUCAUGGUGCCCUUUAGCAUAUAACACUCUCAUUGCUGGCAAUGAGACAUAAGCCAUUGGUAAUUUUCUUAGUGUUGUAUAUUAUUACUUAUGAGCACUUUUACUCAUUGUGGUAGAAAAUUAGUCUUGAAAAUAAGAUGGGGAGCUUGUUUUAAAUUUUUAGGUUUUCUGUGUUUUAAACACAAUAGAGACUGAACCUGGAAUGUGUUAGUAUUUUAGAAUGGUUAUUAACAUAGUUGUUUUUCCAUUCCACAGAAAGCACCUGACUUCUAGUCAGAUUGGGGGUGCAGCUUCUUCACCCUACCCUGAACUUUAGCCAUUCUUAUUAGGUCACUUAAAAAGACUCACCCAGUUUGUUAAGUAAUGCAGUUAUCAAAGCCAGUAUGGUUCCCAGGUGAGUUAAAUGAUUAACACAAUUGAUAAUUUGUAAAAGUAAAAGGAUAUGCGCUAAUUUUUUUCACUGGAAUGUAGAAGAAGGCUGCUACAACAACCUGAGGUUUCAUUAUUUGCUACAACAAAAGCAUUUAGACUCCUCUGUCUUCCACAUCAAUAUGACAGGCAAUCAGUAUUUCUUUGCUCUGUUUUCAUAAUGAAUACUUUUGGUAAAUCUGUUCAUCUCUUUGUUGAUAUUCUCUCUCCUUUCCCCACUCUCUGUCUAUCUCACUAUCUCUCCUCUCCCCCUCUUCCCUUCCUCUUGACCUCCCUCCUUCCCUUCUUCCCUCCCUUUCCCAUCUCUGUUUCAGUUUUUUAAGACAGGAUUUUGCUACCUAGCCCAGACUGGACUCAAAUUUGUAAUAAUCUUUCUGUCUCCAGCUCCCCAUUGCUGGGAUUAUAGACGUAUACCAUAUACUGAUAUUUGUUUAUUUUUUAAAACACAAAUGUAGAGAUUUUAUCGCAGUCAGAGUACAUUCUUUUAAUAAAGAUAUUUGCUGAAUUUUUCUAUGGUGAUGGAUUUUACUACUAAUAAUAGUAGCAAAAAGUUUAAAAGUAUAAUCUUGCAAAUUUUGCCAACUUAAUACAAGGGCUUUAUUUAUACCCUGUUCAAUUUUGUCAACAGCUUUAUUUAUAAUAAGCUGCCGGGGGAAACUACAUAGAGCAUAAAAUGCUCAAAUGGAAUAUUUCAGUAGGGCAUCUGUAACCUGUAGAUGACAAUGUCAUAUCACAAUGUCAAAAUAUUGGUCCCCUCUGAUACUUUUAUCUUUUCAUGGUAAUAAGCCAAGGAUUCAGAAACAUAAUCCUUUAAAGUGGUGUACUAAUGGUUAAGAUAUUUCUUUGGAAUAUUUUUUUCUGGUUAAAUUUGUAGUUAUAUUGGGAAAUGUUUUUGAAACUGUAUUAAAAUGUGACUUGCAUUAUAAUUUUCUA